ACGCAUUCACAUCAGAGAAUACAAAGGCCCACGAAGCUUCUAAACCCUAAUGCCUCAUUCAAUAAACCCUUUCAUCCUCUCUCACAUACACUUGUGAGCUUUUUUUUCACUCAUCAAGCUUUAAUUGUCAGUAGGAUAAAAGAAACUGAAGCCCCUAAAAUGUACGACGAUGGAGACAACAACAAGAACAACAACGGAGAGCACGAAUCGACAAGUCAACGAUCAGUUCAGAAGAGAAAACGAAAAGAGGUCGCUAUUUUCGGCAAUUACAGAAACUACUAUGGUUAUCGUGUUGGUCAGGACUUGAAGGAAGAUCCUAGGUUAAAGGUUUUUAGAAAGGAAUUUUUUGAAGGCAAGGAUUGUCUAGACAUUGGAUGCAAUAAUGGAUCGAUAACAAUCGCUAUUGCGGAAAAGUUUUUUUGCCAGAGCAUCCUUGGAAUCGACAUUGAUGGCGAUCGAAUUGAGGAUGCACGUUGGAACCUCAGGAAAACUGUGAUGAUGACCACUCGUAAGAUGCCUCCAAAGAUUUCCAAGUUGAAAGAUGAAAAGGGAGCAAAUGGUUUAAAGCAAAGUGUAACAAAACCGCUGACUGAGGCGACAAGGGAGACUUCCGGGGAUUGUUCUCCUUUGCAGGGAAGAGAUCUGUUUGACAUAAUAUCUUUCGAGAAAGGAAAUUUUGUUCGAAGUUGGCGAUCACCAGAGAAUAAGUGCUAUGAUACAAUACUUUGUUUAAGUGUAACAAAAUGGAUCCAUCUGAACUGGGGUGAUGAUGGGUUGAUUACCUUAUUUGCAAAUAUUUGGAGACUUCUUCAACAGGGUGGCAUUCUUAUUUUGGAACCCCAGCCAUGGAAUUCAUAUAGCAAAAACCGUCGUGUGUCAGAGACAGCAGCAAGUAAUUAUCAAAAUAUUAAGAUCUUUCCGGAAGAUUUUCAGGAGAUACUUAUGGAUAAGAUUGGAUUUAGAAAGGUAGAAGACAUCACUUCCAGCUUAUCAGGUAGCAAUACUGGAUUUGACAGGCCUAUUUUGGCAUUCUGGAAAUGAUUCAUUUUGGCAGUUGGGCGAGGCUGUGUAUGAGAUUGUAAGAUUAUUAAGGUACGUUGUGUGAAUAUAGAUAAGACAAGCUGAAUGAAGUUGAUAUAAGCUUGAUACCUGGAACAAGAAAAGGAAUCCAAUUCCUGAAUUUUGAAGAAAGCAUACAGUUUUCUCCCGUUGGAACUGUGGGUUUUUUUGGUUGAUGGAGGGCAGAUCUAGUUUAUUGCAAGAACAAUGAUUCUUAGGGCCUUCCAAUUUGGUUUUCACUACUUUUUUGUCACCCACCAGACGUAGCCUUCAUUUUAAAGGGAAACAUAUGUAACAACUUACAUUUGAUGGUAUAUUAUUUUUCCUCCAAUCAA